AUGAAGCUCAACAUCCUCGCCGUUUCUGCUCUGCUGGCCCUCGUGGCGGCCGAGACCACCACAACGGCCGACAAGGUGACCACCACCACCAGCGCUGAGGUUGAGUGCGCCAAGAACUGCGCCGCCAAGGACAUUUGCUGCACUGCCAAGUGCUACAAGGUGCCCUGCCCCAGCGACAGCCAGGCCAACGACACGAACGAAUGUGUCUCCAAGUGCCCCCAGGGCACUGGCACGCCCGAGGACACUAAGAAGUACUCCGACUGCCAGCAGGCCUGCUUCAGCUCUCACUACUUCCCCAUCGAUGGCACCACCGCGACUGGCACCGCCGGCACCGCCGCUACUGCUUCGGGCAGCGAGGCUACCCAAACCGGCUCUGAUUCGAGCAACGACUCUGGUAACUCCUCCAAGGGCACCGGCACUGCCAGCGGUUCCGCCAGCGGCACCACCGAGACUGGAGCUGCCAACACCAGCAACGCCGCCAACGCCAAGUUGGGUGCCUCUGGCGCCGGUCUCUUCGGUCUCGUUCUCGCCGCCUUCGCUCUCUAA